CCGCCGCUGUGCCGUGGCCGAAAGAUGGCGGCGGCCAUGGCAUGAACGGGACCCGGCGCGGCCCCAGCGGUGAGAGCGGCCGAGACCUCUCCCCGGUCCUAAACCAGCGCGGAGACCACGGAGGCCCCCGGUCCCCCCUGUCCCUUUACCCCAGGGGCCAGCGGGAGAGUAUCUGGGAUCCCCGAUACCUUUGGAGGGCGGGCCCUCAGCUGCCCCGGGCUUCCCUGGAGCUCAGUCCCUCCUCAGCCCAGGGGACUGAAGCUCCUCGCUUCCCUCUCGGCAGGUGGGCCCGGACACAUCGCGGGUGAUCCCUCCUGUGCCCCCUCGCCCAGCUCCCUCCGUUAUUUCCAAGCUGUGCUCUAUGCCUGCUGCUUGUCAUAUCUGCAUUUAUCCCUGGCUUCCUGGGCUCCCUUCCCGGUGUAUGGAGGCUCCCUUUAUUCCCUUGGUGUCCAGCUGUGCCUGUGCCCUUUCCUGGCUCCCUCCUUCACCUCCUUGUUCCCCGCUGUGUCUCUGUUCAGCAGGCAGGAGUGCCCUGGAGGCACCUCUGGACUGCCCUCGUUUUCCUGGUGCCUCGCCCUGAGAUCUUUCUCCCUGCUCCCCGUGUCCUCCCGUGUCCCUUUUAGACAGCCCCUUCUGCUGGGUGCUGUGGGUCCAUGUGAGCAGGUUCCCCGUACCCUGAACUCCCCCCCAUCCCAGGGCACGUGUGCUGUCCCCGCAGGAUGAGGAUGAAGUAGAGCUCUGACCAUGGACCAUGAGGCCCCCACGAUCAGGCCCCGGCGCAUCCAGAACCAGAACGUCAUCCACCGCCUGGAGCGCCGCCGCAUCAGCUCGGGCAAGGCGGGCACCCACUGGCACCAAGUGCGCGUCUUCCACCAGAACGUCUUCCCCAACUUCACCGUGGUCAACGUGGAGAAGCCGCCCUGCUUCCUGCGCAAGUUCUCCCCCGACGGCCGCUACUUCAUCGCCUUCUCCUCCGACCAGACCUCGCUGGAGAUCUACGAGUACCAGGGCUGCCAGGCGGCCGAGGACCUCCUGCAGGGCUACGAGGGGGAGAUCCUGGCCAACGGCAACGACCAGAGGUCCGUCAACAUCCGCGGGCGGCUCUUCGAGCGCUUCUUCGUGCUGCUGCACAUCACCAACGUGGCCUCCAACGGGGAGCACCUGAACCGGGAGUGCAGCCUGUUCACGGACGACUGCCGCUACGUGAUCGUGGGCUCGGCCGCCUACCUGCCCGAGGAGCCGCACCCGCCCUUCUUCGAGGUGUACCGCAACAGCGAGUCCGUGACCCCCAACCCCCGCUCCCCGCUGGAGGACUACUCCCUGCACAUCAUCGACCUGCACACGGGCAGGCUGUGCGACACGCGCGCCUUCAAGUGCGACAAAGUCAUCCUGUCUCACAACCAGGGGCUGUACCUGUACAAGAACAUCCUGGCCAUCCUCUCUGUGCAGCAGCAGACCAUUCACGUCUUCCAGGUGACUCCCGAGGGGACGUUCAUCGACGUGAGGACCAUCGGCCGCUUCUGCUACGAGGAUGAUCUGCUGACCCUGUCUGCCGUGUACCCCGAGGUGCAGCGGGACACGCAGACGGGAAUGGCCAACCCUUACAAGGAGCCCUUCAUCAACUCCCUGAAGCACAGGCUGCUGGUGUACCUGUGGAGGAGGGCUGAGCAGGAUGGAAGUGCUAUAGCAAAAAGGAGGUUCUUCCAGUACUUUGACCAGCUGAGGCAGCUCCGCAUGUGGAAGAUGCAGCUCUUGGAUGAGAACCAUCUGUUUAUCAAGUACACAAGUGAGGACGUGGUCACGCUGCGGGUGACAGAUCCUUCCCAGCCCUCGUUCUUCGUCGUGUACAACAUGGUGACCACGGAGGUCAUUGCUGUGUUUGAGAACACAUCUGAUGAGCUGCUGGAGCUGUUUGAGAACUUCUGUGACCUCUUCAGGAAUGCCACUCUGCACAGUGAAGCUGUCCAGUUCCCCUGCUCAGCUUCCAGCAACAACUUUGCGAGGCAGAUCCAGCGCCGGUUCAAAGACACGAUUGUGAACGCCAAGUACGGAGGGCACACGGAGGCCGUGCGGCGGCUGCUGGGGCAGCUCCCCAUCAGCGCCCAGUCCUACAGCGGCAGCCCCUACCUCGACCUGUCCCUUUUCAGCUACGAUGACAAGUGGGUGUCAGUCAUGGAGCGGCCCAAGACCUGUGGUGAUCACCCCAUAAGAUUUUACGCUCGUGACUCUGGCCUGCUGAAGUUUGAGAUCCAGGCGGGCCUCCUGGGGCGCCCCAUCAAUCACACGGUGCGGCGCCUGGUGGCCUUCACCUUCCACCCCUUCGAGCCCUUCGCCAUCUCGGUGCAGCGCACCAACGCCGAGUACGUGGUCAACUUCCACAUGAGGCACAGCUGCACCUAGAGGCACUCGGGGCUGCUCUCCUUGGUGCUGGGUCUCUGCCACGGGUGCACCAAAGCCAGGCACUCAACCCUCUGGGAAACCAAACCAUUGCUCGUGGAAAGAAGCCUCACCUGGGAGCUCCUACCAGCAGCAUCUCACAGGGCCCUCAGGCUCAGCUGUGGAAAGCUGAUCCACCCCAGUUAUGGGGGGGGGUCGGAGGCUUCUUCUGACCCUGUUUGUACUGCAGAGAUCCCCCUUCUGUCCUUCCCUGCUCCUGUUGAUGAACAAAGCAUAGCUGAGGUUAAUUUCCUGAUUUCUCAGAGGCAUGGCUGUUUUCUGUCCUGCUGUGGGUCUUAGGAUGGCAGAGAUGGAGCUUUGCAUCACACUUGUGGAGCACUCCCUUCUGCACUGGUGCUGUCCUACUGUGUUGGACAAAUGACCUGUCACAGAGGGAAGGGAUGGGAGCCAUGGGGAGGGCUUGGAUACAGCUACCCCUGUUUGUUUCUUCAGAAUUGGUAGGAAAAUGAGACCCUGCUCUCAUCCACACAAUCAACUCAUGUUUUAAUAUGCAAGAGGUCAGGAAAAAAAAAAGGUGUGAGAAAUCACUACAGUUGAGGGACAUGAGGUGUGUUCCUGAUCCUUAUGCAAGUCACUUAAUCUUUGUGCCUUAGUAAAAGCUCCUAAGUGAGAGGUGGUGCUACACCAGCAGGCCAGGCAGCUGGUUGUGUCUGUAACGCACGAGGAGGUGGGUGCAGGAGGAAGAUGGGUGUCUGGGAAGGGUGUGGGGAGCAAGAGCAGCUCCUUGGUUGUGUCAGAAGGACUCUUCUGCAGCAUGGGAGUUAAUCCUCAUGGCCAUCUGCAGGUUCUGCUGCUCAAAAGAGGGACACCCAGCUGCUGGCACCCUCCUGUGUGUGUUGGAGUACCAGCGUAGAAAAUGAGUAGGAUUUGCCCAGGAAGAAGGGUGGAGAGCUGAAUUCAUGUUCACUGCUGUGGGUGGGCAGUCUAGAGAUGAGCUUGUUGACUUAGGUUGCUUACCUCUGUCUGUUUGAUACACUGUUCUCUGUGAGAACCCAGAUGCUGUUUCCAGGCUUCAGAGCACAGCUGGCCAGUGUGGCAGUGUUGGCUGGACCAUGCUGCUGAUAAAUUAAGCUCCUGGGUGUAAUUACCUGCCACUGUGGGCUGGUGAGAAUUCUGGCCUGCCCUUCUCUCUCAAAAAUGGAGGUUUUGGUUGUAGGCCAGCAUUUGGGAGUUUUUAUACGAGGGCUGGUUUAUGACUGCUGCCAGGCAGCACAACCAUCCCAGCAUCACGAUGUGCUCCAUCAGAAGCUGGAGCCUGUUCUUGUCCCAUUCCUUUAGGAGGUACAGUGGGGGCAAUAGAAAAUUGGUGCUAAUACACAGGAGACCCUCUCCGUUAAAGGACCCUGUGGGUGUCUCAACUGGACCAAAAUGAGCUGUGGGUGAUGUGCUGUGGCCACAUGCGUGUGAAGAGGAGUGUUGGAGUCAUGCAUUCAUUUUGCUGGUGAUGCACUGGAGAAGAGCUGCGUGGGUGGGGGUGCCUGCUCAUGGUAUGAGUGGUGGACCUCAAAGUUAAGGGUGUCCUGGGGUCCUUGAAUCAGCCUUUGCUCUCUGCCUCACUGUACUUCUCUCCUGGCCUUGCUAAACAUUAUUUCUAGGCAAGACAUUGCAUUUUACUGCUCUUUUCCUGGUGUUUGCACUGUUGGUGUCUCAGGUCUGUCAGGAGUGCCGGCGGGUCAGGAGACUGCUAACAGAGGAGAUGUCAGUGCUUUAGCUGCAGGUUCCUCUCAUCUAAUAACACUAUUUGUCAAGGUUUUAGGGUUUUAUCCUGUGAUCUGUUCCUCAAACAUUCAAUUAAAGCUCCAAGUGGAGAAUCGUUUGCACACUGUAGAUCAUGGAUUUACCUCCCUCUGCACCACUCUCACAGCUGUUCACACUUCAGUAUGAGACUUUUUUUUCCCCCCCCAAGCUUCCAGCUGCUCCAUCUGAGACUCUGUUUACUCCUUGGUGUCACAGCCUCAGGAAGUCAGUGCUUACUAAAUUAGCUGUCAGAUCUCCAUUGAGACUCUUUUUUCAGUGGCAAAAAUAUAAACUUCAGCAUUUCUGUAGUAGGGGCUUUUGCCAAAUUCAGGCUUCUCUGUGUGAAGCAGAGAGUGUGGCAUGGAUUGCUGGACUUGGGGCUGAGAAAGAGAUCUGUUCUUAGCUCUGCUAUUAAAUUCUGAGGCUGGGGGCAAAUCUCUUCCUUCUCCAGCUGGUGUUUUCUUCUCUGUAAAUGAGGCCAAAAACAUAUUUUCAGCUUUUGUAAAACACUUUGAGAUUCAUGGAUAAAAAGUGCUGGAUAAGUGCUAAAUAUUUUCUUAUUAUGUUUGCAGACAAACUGAUCAUACUGGGUACUAAUUGCCUUGGAGUAGCAUAGCAGAUCCUCUGGUCUUGGCUGCUGCAUUUUAUAUCAACAACAGAGUUAAUUUUGUUACAGAAAUGUAUGGAAAGAAAAGUCUCUCAUGCUUGAAAUUUUGAUGCUUUUAUUUAAGAAACAAAAACUGUGUGUGGUGGGGAGGGUGGGAGAAAAGGGGAGAUAUUUUCUACCUGAUAUUUUUCCUAGGUUAGGGUAAACAUUUGUUAGCAACACAAG